CCUGCCUUGUCAAAGAUAAAGCAACUUUCAAUAGACCUACACCAGUUCCUUAUCAAGGGCACCCAUUCUGGUCCGAAUUUCAAAAUUCCAAAAAUAAGAUGUCUGACAUCAACUUAACUGCCUACAACGUCUUCCGACGCGAUCUGGCCAGAAUAUUCAAGACAUUCAACUCAUCUACACAAACCGAUUUUACCGACGACAUCAGCACAAACACCGACCUCGAUUACAAGUCCGAUUUGGAACUCAAUCUUUCGCAAAUCUACGAUCUGGAACUGGAUUAG